AUGAAUGAACAAGAAAAAGACAAAAAUUUGCGUAUCUGUUCAAAUGUACUUAGACCUUACCUUGCCGCUGUGAGAUCUACCCUUACGGCGGCCUUAACAUUGGAAAAUUUCUCAUCUCAGGUCGUGGAACGACACAACAAACCCGAAGUUGAGGCAGGAGGAUCCAAAGAAGUCUUACUCAAUCCGUUGAUUAUCUCGCGUAACGAGAACGAACGCGUUCUCAUCGAACCAUCGAUCAACUCAAUCCGACUCAGCAUCAAGAUCAAGCAAGCAGACGAGAUAGAGAGGAUACUGUGCCACAAAUUUACUCGAUUCAUGAUGCAGAGAGCGGAAAGUUUUAUUGUAUUACGGCGUAAACCAGUUCCAGGAUAUGACAUCUCUUUUUUGAUCACAAACACUCAUUCCGAGACGAUGUUGAAACACAAAAUUGUAGACUUCAUUAUCCAGUUUAUGGAAGAGGUGGACCGCGAAAUUAGUGAGAUGAAGCUCAGUCUAAAUGCUCGCGCUCGUAUUGUAGCAGAAUCUUAUCUCACAGCUGUACGUUUGAGUUUUGCACAUAGCUGUCGAGGAUUGACUAACACCUUCGAAUAG